CAACCACUAAACAAUCUGUGUUUGGGUUCAACACACAUGCUCAGUUCUGAGGGUAAAACCUGGUGUAGAGGAGCACUCGCUGCAGGAUUAGGAUUUUUAUGAGGUAAUGGCUAGUGCUGAACCCUGGGUUGGUACCUGGAGGCCCCACAAGAAAAGAGGGCCUAUAGCUGCACAAUACGGUAGUCCAGGACCUAAGUAUGGACUGCCUGGACUCACAGGUGUUUCUAAACAUGACCCUACUAAAUAUAAAGCACCAAUAUUCAGCUUUGGGAUACUUCACAACCAGGCCAGUUCUGACUGUUCUCCUGGGCCAAGAUACCUCCUCCCAUCAAACAUCACCAGAGAGGGCCGAGGCGGCACUCCUGCUUUUUCACUCCACGGUCGUCCGAAGGAGCCACAGUUGUUCCGGACUCCUGGACCAGCCCACUACUCCCCAGAAUGUUCAGCAAAGUCAGUCUUCCACUCUGCUCCUGCUUAUUCUCUUUCUGGGAGGAGUAAAGAAUUCAGCACUAACCAGAUACCAGGCCCAGCCUCCUACUCUCUGCCCCCGGUGGUGGGGGCCAAAACUAUUUUCACACCUGCAGCUCCCACCUAUUCAAUCUGUAGUCGCAGGAAAAUUGGCAGCUUCCAUGAAGACCUGAAGAAGGUACAUACACACAUUNNCCCUCGUAUUUACAGGCAGAAACCUCCCGAGUACAGCAUGACAGCUCGCAACUUUGGUCCUGGUGAAACCACAAAGAAACCAGGACCUGGAGCGCACUAUCCUGAGCAGGUGACCAUCACAAAAACAAGAGCUCCAAGCUUCUCCUUUGGACUGCGCCACUCAGAAUACAUCUUGCCUUUCACUGUUAAUGUGACUGAAUAAUGUCACUUAUCUGUUUAUAAAUGGAAACUCACAUAUAAGUUUCAAAUAAAGCACAAAAAGCUAA